AUGCUGGCGAAGCUCGUCGCCGCGGACGAGGCCGAGGGCCAGUACUUCGGGCUCUCGGUGGUUGUGCGCGGCGACGGGGCUUGGGUCGUUGUGGGGGCCGAUGCCAUGGAACACGGGUCAUGGUCCUCGUACGUGUUCGACGGGGCCAGCGCGGCGCGCAAUUGGCGAAUCUCGUGGCCCUUCGGGUGCUCGGUGGCCGUUAACGCCGAUGAGGCCUGGGUGGUGGUUGGGUGCGAGCAUGGCACUGGCCUCAAGACUUCAAGCGGGUCGACGUACGUGUUUGACCUCCCUUGCCCAGACGCGCUGGCGGGAUAUAGUCGUGCGGUUGGUGCGACUUGA